CAUGAACUAAACCGGAAGUCAACAAACAAACAUGGCCUCCAAAAGCAAAGGAAAACAACGUGGGGAAGACAUACAACAAGAAGAUGUCUUUCAGGCUGUUGUAAUUGCGGAUAGUUUUAAUGUUCGAUUUGCUCCAAUUACAAAUGAAAAGCCUAAGUCCCUUCUGCCAUUGGCCAACAUUCCAGUUCUGGAUUAUACCCUAGAAUUCUUGGUCACUGCGGGAGUGCAGGAAAUCUUUGUUUUCUGUUGUCACCUAGCAGAUCAAAUUAGGACUCACAUAAGGCAAUCGAAAUGGAGCGAGUGUUCCAGUUGUACCAUUACCCCGGUCCUAUCUGAGUCCUGCAUGUCAAUGGGCGACGCCCUCAGAGAAAUACACGACAAGUCAGUCAUCCGUAGUGACUUUGUCCUGGUAUUCGGAGACACUGUCGCCAACCUCAGACUCCAGGAUGUUCUACAGGAGCACAAGAAGCGAUUGCAAGAUAAGACCAAUCCUCAAAACAAAAACUCUGUGAUGACCAUGAUUUUCCAGAAAGUUCCUCCAGGGCAUCGGUCUCGGAACAAGGAGGAUGACAUUUUUUUAGCAGUAGAUCAGACAUCCAAUCGGGUGCUGCAUUACCAGAGGGUCAGAGAGCAGUCCAAACUUCAGAUCCCAGUGGAUGUCCUAGCAGACAACGCGGAUGUACAGCUGAGGUACGACCUACUGGACAGUCAGAUCAGUGUGUGUUCCCCUGAAGUCCUGGCCCUCUUCAAGGAUAACUUCGAUUAUCUCAACAGGGACCACUUUGUCAAAGGACUAUUGGACAAUGAAGACAUCAUGGAGAAGACAAUACACAUGUGUGUCCUCAAUGAUGGGUACACGGGAAGAGUUUCCAAUCUACAGAUGUAUGACACUGUCAGUCGUGAUGUGAUAUGCCGCUGGUCCUAUCCUCUGGUUCCUGACACACAGACAGACAAUCAGGGUCAGAUCAUCUCUCACAACAGACACAACAUCUACACCAGUAAAGAUGUCAUGUUAGCAAAAGGUUGUGUAUUGGAGCAGAAUGUUUUAGUGGGGAGAGGAACCAGAAUCGGUAGCAACACUAGGAUAACCGACUCCGUGAUAGGAAAGGACUGUAAAAUAGGCAGUGACGUGGUGAUAGAGAAUGCGUAUAUCUGGGACGGAGUGACGAUAGAAGACCAGUGCUGUGUAGACACUGCAGUGAUCUGUGAUAACGUUGUGGUGUACGCCUGUACCUCCGUCGGUCCUGGCUGUGUCCUGUCAUAUAAUGUAAAGGUUGGACCCAGUGUAAAAAUAGAAGCAAGGUCGCGUCUACAGGCAGCCAAGGACAUGGAUGAUGAUUUCGGAGACGAGUUGACGGAGGCUGAUCAAGAUGCGGUCAGCAUAAUCAACUACGGCAGUAAGUCCCAAGCCUUCCUCCACCAGCCCCCGGAGGACAGCGAUGACGAAGACAACGAUCUUGUUCAGGACAUGUUUGGUCUGGGCAUCCAAUCAGAAUCCUCCACAGAGGCGUCCAGUUUGUCGGAGCGCUCCAGUGAUGACGAGGCCAUGCUGGAUGAUGAGGAGUUAUUCUAUAGUGAGCUGUUGGAUACAUUGGUGAAAGCUAAAGAAGAUAACUACAACACAGAAAACCUCAUUCUGGAGAUCAACUCUCUAAAACAUACUUACAAUAUAGCUAUCCGAGAUCUGUAUGGUAUGGUUAUGAAAGGAUUAAUUGAAAUUCCUUUGAGAGACUCACAAGACUUGGAACCAGGUGCUCAGCUAGCCAAUGUCAAAAAGAAUUUUGUGAGAUAUAAACCAUUAAUUCUAAACUACAUCAAGAGUGAAGAAUCUCAGCUAGACUGUCUCCAUGCUUUGGAGGAUUUUGCCUUGAGUAACAAGACAGUCAGUACACUCCUAGUCAAGCUCCUCCACAUACUCUACGAUGCAGACAUUUUGUCCGAGGUUGUCCUCAUUAAAUGGCACAACAUGGAGAAAGAAGAAGAAUACAAAGCUAUUGCAAAACAGGUGGCGCCCCUAAUCAAGUGGCUCGAGGAGGCAGAAGAGGAGACGUCCGAUGAAGAGUUGGGUAGUGACUGAAGCAGAUUAUGUUAAAUGAUAAACACUUCAGUUGGUGGGUUAUACAUCUAGAAUGUAUUCUGUGUCGUGAUGUCAAAGUGCUAUGGACCUUCAUUAAAACCAUAUCCUUAACAGUU